UAUAAUAUUUUGUUGAUGAAAAUUCCAACUCUGAAAGCUAAACAAUCAAGGGAUUGUCAUGAUGUAGCAACUUUGCAAUGUCGGGACGGCAUUGAGCUCUGUGUUAAUGAUGGAGUAUGUGUUACCUACCACAAUGGCACAGGAUACUGCAAAUGUCCAGAGGGCUUCUUGGGAGAAUAUUGUCAACAUCGAGACCCCUGUGGGAAGAACCGCUGCCAGAAUGGUGGGACAUGCGUGGUCCAGGCCAUAUUGGGGAAGGCCACAUGCCAGUGCGCUCCGGGGUUCACAGGCGAGGACUGCCAAUAUUCGACCACGCACCCCUGCUAUGCAUCCCCUUCCUGUCUGAAUGGAGGCACCUGCCAUGUGCUCAGCCAGGAUGAUUACGAGUGCACCUGCCAAGUUGGUUUCACAGGUAAGCUGUGCCAAUGGACGGAUGCCUGCCUGUCUCAUCCCUGUGCAAAUGGAAGCACCUGUACCACCGUGGCCAACCAGUUCUCCUGCAAAUGCCUGCCAGGCUUCACAGGGCAGAAAUGUGAGACUGACAUCAAUGAGUGUGACAUUCCAGGACAAUGCCAGCAUGGUGGCACCUGCCUCAACCUCCCAGGCUCCUAUCAGUGCCAGUGCCCCCAGGGCUUCACCGGCCAGCACUGCGACAGCCCUUACGUGCCAUGUGCACCCUCGCCCUGUGUCAAUGGAGGCACCUGCCGGCAGACCGGCGACUUCACUUUUGAGUGCAACUGCCUUCCAGGUUUUGAAGGCAGCACCUGUGAGCGGAAUAUUGAUGACUGCCCCAACCACCGGUGUCAGAACGGAGGGGUUUGUGUGGAUGGGGUCAAUACCUACAACUGCCGCUGCCCCCCUCAGUGGACAGGACAGUUCUGCACGGAGGAUGUGGACGAGUGCCUGCUGCAGCCCAACGCCUGUCAGAACGGAGGCACCUGUACCAACCGCAACGGAGGCUACGGCUGCGUGUGCGUCAAUGGCUGGAGUGGAGACGACUGCAGUGAGAACAUCGACGACUGUGCCUUCGCCUCCUGCACGCCGGGCUCCACCUGCAUUGACCGCGUGGCCUCCUUCUCGUGCAUGUGCCCCGAGGGAAAGACAGGACUCUUGUGUCAUCUGGAUGAUGCAUGCAUCAGCAAUCCGUGCCACAAGGGGGCACUGUGUGACACCAACCCCCUGAACGGGCAGUAUAUCUGCACCUGCCCACAAGGCUACAAAGGGGCUGACUGCACAGAAGACGUGGAUGAGUGCACCAUGGCCAAUAGCAAUCCUUGUGAGCACGCAGGGAAAUGUGUGAACACAGACGGCGCCUUCCACUGCGAGUGUCUGAAGGGCUACGCGGGGCCUCGCUGCGAGAUGGACAUCAACGAGUGCCAUUCCGACCCCUGCCAGAACGACGCCACCUGUCUGGAUAAGAUCGGGGGCUUCACAUGCCUGUGCAUGCCAGGUUUCAAAGGUGUGCAUUGUGAGUUGGAGAUAAACGAAUGUCAGAGCAACCCCUGUGUGAACAAUGGGCAGUGUGUGGAUAAAGUCAAUCGCUUCCAGUGUCUGUGUCCCCCUGGCUUCACCGGGCCCGUUUGCCAGAUCGAUAUUGAUGACUGUUCCAGCACUCCGUGUCUGAACGGCGCCAAGUGCAUCGAUCACCCCAACGGCUAUGAAUGCCAGUGCGCCACGGGAUUCACUGGCGUGUUGUGUGAGGAGAACAUCGACAACUGUGACCCCGACCCCUGCCACCACGGCCAGUGUCAGGACGGGAUUGAUUCCUACACCUGCAUCUGCAACCCCGGGUACAUGGGCGCCAUCUGCAGCGACCAGAUAGACGAGUGUUACAGCAGCCCCUGCCUGAACGAGGGCCGCUGCAUCGACCUGGUGAACGGCUACCAGUGCAACUGCCAGCCCGGCACGUCGGGUGUUAAUUGUGAAAUCAAUUUUGAUGACUGUGCAAGUAACCCGUGUGUCCAUGGCGUCUGUAUGGAUGGAGUUAAUCGUUACAGUUGUGUCUGCUCACCAGGAUUCACAGGGCAGAGAUGUAACAUUGACAUUGAUGAGUGUGCCUCCAAUCCCUGUCGCAAGGGUGCAACAUGCAUCAACGAUGUGAAUGGUUUUCGCUGUAUAUGCCCCGAGGGUCCCCAUCACCCCAGCUGCUUCUCGCAGGUGAACGAGUGCCUGAGCAAUCCCUGCAUCCACGGGAACUGUACCGGGGGCCUCAGCGGAUACAAGUGCCUCUGUGAUGCAGGCUGGGUCGGCAUCAACUGUGAAGUGGACAAAAAUGAAUGCCUUUCCAAUCCAUGCCAGAAUGGAGGAACCUGUGACAACCUGGUGAAUGGAUACAGGUGUACUUGCAAGAAGGGCUUUAAAGGCUAUAACUGUCAGGUGAAUAUCAACGAAUGUGCUUCAAAUCCGUGCCUGAACCAAGGAACCUGCCUUGAUGACAUAAGUGGCUACACCUGCCGCUGCGUGCUGCCCUACACAGGCAAGAACUGUCAGACGGUGCUGGCUCCCUGUUCCCCAAACCCUUGUGAGAAUGCUGCUGUGUGCAGAGAGGCGCCCAAUUUCGAGAGUUACACCUGCCUGUGUGCCCCUGGCUGGCAAGGUCAGCGGUGUACUAUUGACAUUGACGAGUGUGUCUCCAAGCCCUGCCUGAACCGUGGUCUCUGCCAUAACACCCAGGGCAGCUACAUGUGCGAGUGUCCUCCGGGCUUCAGCGGUAUGGACUGUGAGGAGGACAUCGAUGACUGCCUCGCCAAUCCUUGCCAGAAUGGAGGCUCAUGUGUCGAUGGAGUGAAUACGUUCUCCUGCCUGUGCCUUGCGGGCUUCACCGGGGACAAGUGCCAGACAGACAUUAACGAGUGUCUGAGCGAACCCUGUAAGAACGGAGGGACCUGCUCCGACUAUGUCAACAGCUACACGUGCAAGUGCCCGGUGGGAUUUGACGGAGUCCACUGCGAGAACAACAUCGACGAGUGCACCGAGAGCUCCUGUUUCAACGGGGGCACGUGUGUCGACGGAAUUAAUUCCUUCUCUUGCUUGUGCCCUGUGGGCUUCACUGGCCUAUACUGCCUCCAAGAGAUCAAUGAAUGCAACUCUCAUCCGUGCCUGAAUGAAGGAAUAUGUGUGGAUGGCCUGGGUACCUACCGCUGCACCUGCCCCUUGGGCUACACUGGGAAAAACUGUCAGACCCUGGUGAACCUCUGCAGUCGGUCUCCAUGUAAAAACAAAGGCACCUGCAUUCAGGAGAAAGCGCACUCCUGGUGCCUGUGUCCACCUGGGUGGGCUGGUGCCUACUGCGACGUGCCCAAUGUCUCCUGUGAGGUGGCGGCCAAGGGAAGAGGGGUGACCCCCGACCGCUUGUGCCAGCACUCGGGCGUCUGCAUCAAUGCCGGCAACUCGCACCACUGCCAGUGCCCCCUGGGCUACACCGGGAGCUACUGCGAGCAGCAGCUGGACGAGUGUGCGUCCAAUCCCUGCCAGCACGGAGCCACCUGCAGGGACUUCAUUGGUGGAUACCGAUGUGAGUGCGUCCCAGGAUACCAGGGUGUCAACUGCGAGUACGAGGUGGAUGAGUGCCAGAACCAGCCAUGCCAGAACGGGGGCACCUGUGUCGACCUGGUGAACCAUUUCAAGUGCUCCUGCCCGCCAGGCACCCGUGGCCUGCUCUGUGAAGAGAACAUUGACGACUGUGCCAGGGGGCCCCACUGCCUCAACGGUGGGCAGUGUGUGGAUAAGAUCGGGGGCUACAGCUGCCGCUGCCUGCCUGGCUUUGCCGGAGAGCGGUGUGAGGGGGACAUCAACGAAUGCCUGUCCAACCCCUGCAGCUCGGAGGGCAGCCUGGACUGCAUACAGCUCACCAACGACUACAUGUGCGUCUGCCGCAGCGCCUUCACAGGUCGUCACUGUGAAACUUUCGUCGAUGUGUGUCCCCAGAUGCCUUGCUUGAAUGGAGGGACUUGUGCCGUGGCCAGCAACAUGCCGGAUGGUUUCAUUUGUCGUUGUCCCCCGGGGUUCUCCGGGGCGAGAUGCCAGAGCAGCUGUGGACACGUGAAGUGUAGGCGAGGGGAGCAGUGUGUCCACACGCCCUCAGGGCCCCGCUGCUUCUGCCCCAACCCCCAGGAGUGCGAGCUGGGCUGUGCCAGCAGCCCCUGCCAGCACGGGGGGAGCUGCCUCCCGCAGCGCCAGCCCCCGUAUUACUCCUGCCAGUGCCCUCUGCCGUUCCGGGGCAGCCGCUGCGAGCUCCACACGGCCCCCACCAGCACCCCACCUGCCACCUGUCACAGCCAGUACUGUGCCGACAAAGCUCGGGACGGCGUCUGCGAUGAGGCCUGCAACAGCCACGCCUGCCAGUGGGACGGGGGUGAUUGCUCCCUCACCAUGGAGAACCCCUGGGCCAACUGCUCCUCCCCACUGCCCUGCUGGGAUUACAUCAACAACCAGUGCGACGAGCUGUGCAACACAGCCGAGUGCCUGUUCGACAACUUCGAGUGCCAGGGGAACAGCAAGACGUGCAAGUACGACAAGUACUGCGCAGACCACUUCCGGGACGACCACUGCGACCAGGGCUGCAACAGCGAGGAGUGCGGCUGGGACGGGCUGGACUGCGCUGCUGACCGGCCGGAGAACCUGGCCGAGGGGACCCUGGUGAUCGUGGUGCUGAUGCCCCCCGAGCAGCUGCUGCAGGACGCGCGCAGCUUCCUGCGGGCCCUGGGCACCCUGCUGCACACCAACCUGCGCAUCAAGCGGGACCCCCAGGGGCACCUCAUGGUCUACCCCUACUACGGCGAGAAGCCGGCUGCCCUGAAGAAGCAGAGGCUGGCACGCAGGUCCCUUCCUGAGGAUCCAGACCAGGAGGUGGCUGGCUCUAAGGUAUUUCUGGAAAUCGACAACCGCCAGUGUGUUCAAGAUUCAGACCAGUGCUUCAAGACCACGGAUGCAGCCGCAGCUCUUCUGGCCUCUCACGCCAUCCAGGGCACCCUGUCCUACCCGCUGGUCUCUGUCGUCAGUGAAUCCCGGGGUCCCAAACGCACCCAGCUGCUCUAUCUCCUUGCCGUUGCUGUUGUCAUCAUCCUGUUCCUUCUGCUGCUGGUGGUCAUCAUGGCAAAACGGAAGCGUAAGCACGGCUCCCUCUGGCUGCCCGAAGGCUUCACCCUUCGCCGGGAGUCCAGCAAUCACAAGCGUCGCGAGCCGGUGGGACAGGAUGCCGUGGGGCUGAAGAAUCUCUCCACGCAAGUCUCAGAGGCUAACCUGAUAGGUUCUGGAACAAGUGAGCAUUGGGUCGACGAUGAAGGGCCCCAGGCAAAGAAAGCCAAGGCUGAAGCCGAGGCUUUGCUCUCAGAAGACGACCCCAUCGAUCGACGCCCGUGGACACAGCAGCACCUCGAGGCCGCAGACAUCCGCAGGACCCCGUCGCUGGCCCUCACGCCCCCGCAGGCGGAGCAAGAGGUGGACGUGCUGGACGUGAACGUCCGGGGCCCAGAUGGGUGCACCCCACUGAUGCUGGCUUCCCUCCGAGGAGGCAGCUCAGACAUGAGUGAGGAAGAUGAGGACGCAGAGGACUCGUCUGCCAACAUCAUCACAGACUUGGUCUACCAGGGGGCCAGCCUGCAGGCCCAGACAGACCGGACCGGCGAGAUGGCCCUGCACCUGGCCGCCCGCUACUCGAGGGCAGAUGCCGCCAAGCGUCUCCUGGACGCAGGUGCAGACGCCAACGCCCAGGACAACAUGGGCCGCUGCCCUCUCCAUGCUGCAGUGGCAGCUGAUGCCCAAGGUGUUUUCCAGAUCCUGAUCCGCAACCGAGUGACCGAUCUGGAUGCCAGGAUGAACGACGGCACCACACCCCUGAUCCUGGCUGCGCGCCUGGCUGUGGAGGGGAUGGUGGCGGAGCUGAUCAACUGCCAAGCAGACGUGAACGCGGUGGACGACCACGGAAAAUCUGCUCUUCACUGGGCAGCGGCUGUCAACAACGUGGAGGCGACACUUUUGCUGCUGAAAAAUGGGGCCAACCGAGACAUGCAGGACAACAAGGAGGAGACGCCGCUGUUCCUUGCUGCCCGGGAGGGGAGCUAUGAGGCCGCCAAGAUCCUCUUAGACCAUUUUGCCAACCGGGACAUCACAGACCACAUGGACCGCCUGCCCCGGGACGUGGCUCGGGAGCGCAUGCACCACGACAUCGUGCGCCUGCUGGACGAGUACAACGUGGCGCCGAGCCCUCCCGGCUCCGUGCUGACCUCCGCCCUCUCCCCCGUCAUCUGCGGGCCCAACCGGUCCUUCCUCAGCCUCAAACACACUCCGAUGGGCAAGAAGCCCAGACGGCCCAACGCCAAGAGUGCCGUGCCCACCAGCCUCCCUAACCUGGCCAAGGAGGCCAAGGAGGCCAAGGGUGGCAGGAGGAAGAAGUCGCUGAGUGACAAGGCCCAGCUGUCGGAGAGCUCCGUGACUCUGUCCCCCGUCGAUUCCCUCGAGUCCCCUCACACCUACGUUUCCGACACCACCUCCUCCCCAAUGAUCACAUCCCCUGGCCUCCUACAGGCCUCGCCCAACCCCAUGCUGGCCGCGGCCGCGGCCCCCGCCCCUGUCCACGCACAGCAUGCACUGUCCUUCUCUAACCUCCGUGAGAUCCAGCCUUUGGCGCACGGGCCCGGCACUGUGCUUCCCUCGGUGAGCCAGCUGCUGUCCCACCACCACAUGGUGCCUCCAGGCAGUGGCAGUGCGGGGAGCGUGGGUAGGCUGCAUCCGGUCCCUGUCCCGGCAGACUGGAUGAACCGCAUGGAGAUGAAUGAGAGCCAGUACAAUGAGAUGUUUGGUAUGGUACUGGCACCAGCUGAGGGCACCCCUCCUGGCAUAGCUCCUCAGAGCAGGCCGCCGGAAGGGAAGCAUAUGACCGCCUCCCGGGAGCCCUUGCCCCCCAUCGUGACUUUCCAGCUAAUCCCCAAAGGCGGGAUUGCCCAACCCGCCGGGGCGCCCCAGCCUCAGUCCAGCUGCCCUCCGGCUGCUGCAGGCCCCAUGCCCACCAUGUACCAGAUUCCAGAAAUGGCUCGUUUGCCCAGCAUGGCGUUCCCCACUGCCGUGAUGCCCCAGCAGGACGGGCAGGUCGUUCAGACCAUCCUCCCCACCUACCACCCUUUCCCAGCCUCCGUUGGCAAGUACCCCACUCCCCCUUCACAGCAUAGUUACGCUUCCUCCAAUGCCGCCGAGCGAACGCCCAGCCACAGUGGUCACCUGCAGGGGGAGCAUCCCUACCUGACCCCAUCCCCGGAGUCUCCUGACCAGUGGUCAAGUUCGUCACCCCACUCUGCUUCUGACUGGUCAGACGUGACCACCAGCCCCACUCCCGGGGGGGCCGGAGGAGGUCCGCGCGGACCGGGGACACACAUGUCUGAGCCAGCACGCAGCAACAUGCAGGUUUACGCGUGAAAGCCUGCCUCCGGUGCAGGCACAGAACUGCCUAUUGUAAAUGCUGCUGAGGACAAAUGAAGGUCAUCCGGGAGAGAAAUGAAGAAAUCUCUGGGACCAGCUUCUGGAGGCAGAAGAGAGGAGACGCUCUUACCUUUCAGCUACUGCAAGGAAAGCAGUCCCACCAGCGUCAGCGGGUGUCUGCAGGGCUCUGGGAGGGAGCGACACGCCUCCUAAUCUCUUGCCCAUCAAGCCAAGUGUGUUGGAAAUGCAAGAUGAAUACGAGACUUGGGACCAUGUUUACCCUCUUUUACUUGGAGAAUGGACGGAUGCCUGUUGUAGCUCAGACAUUCUUGCAGCUGGGACUGCGCUGUACGCCCUGGGGGCUCCUGCCCUGUCCAUGAGAAGAUUCCACGGGGAAUUAUCCCUGGAAUUCUAGCUGGACUGACCUGUCUCAUCCUCUCAGCCUUGGCCAUUCUUCGGACUGUUUGGUGCUUUGAGUUUUGCACCUGUCUGUGUUCGCAGCCACAUCAGCACGGAACCGGCCCGGCCUCUGUGCCUUUAACCAUUCCUGCUCUGGAACGUAAUUUUCACUGCCUUUUCCCUCCCGUUUUCCACUCUCCCUGGGGGUCUCCCGGGGUGACUUUGGUUCUGGUUCUCAGCAUAAACCUUCCUGUUUCUUUAGAAAACGGACAUUCGGCAUCCUCCUGCCUGACAGCAUUCCUGGAAGAGGAGCAAAAUAUUUUUCUUUGAACCCCGUUUUGGGACAGGAGAUCCCUUCAGGAUGCUCCCAAGCUCCCUGGCCUGCACGCAGGGCUUCAUGGAAACCUUACGGGAGAAAGGGUGAGAGUCCGUCUUUCUGUUCGUGGGCCUAGUCAGCGUGCAGUUUUACCCUUGGCAGUUGGGUACUAUGACCCUUGAAAAAAAAAAACCCACCAGGACUCAGAAUGUUGGAAUGACCAAGAGAUAAACUCACUGAUGCAAGAUGUGUUCCCACUGGCAGGUGCCUCCCCUCCCUGCCCAGCAGCGCACUGACUCCCGUGGGAAGCCUGUGCGCGCCUCCCCGCCAGCAGAACCCUCGAGGGCUCCCCUCACUCACCCAGCAGACAAAGCUGUCUGUAUAUUGAGCCUUUCCUUCCAUUGGUCCUCACAGAAGAAAAUCUCUCAGACGAUAUUCUCUCACCUUCUAGAAUGGAACUGGCCUCGGCUCCGGGCAGCCCGUGGCAGCCGUCUUCCCUUCGUUUCCUGAUUCUCUUUCUGAUCACAGGCCCAUUCACCAGUCUUCCUUCCGCACAGGAGGGGCUGAGUUACUGGUGCCCCCAGUAGGUUCUCACCGAACACAGGGAUUUAUUUUCAAGGGCAGGAAAUGGAGCCUUGGCCUUGCUCUCUAGGUUCAAGGCCAGUCCCUUGGAAAGGGAGGAACGACGAGGCAGCCCUUGCUACUUCUUGCCACCAUUCCAUUUCCUUUGAAGCAGUCAUGACAUCUCCUUUUAGGUAACUAACAAGCUUAUCAGGGACAUUUUUCUUUCCUAGAGUCACCGUCUAGAUGACAAUGGACAGUUACAGACUCACUGUCCUCGACACCCUCGUGUUCAGUGUGGAAAUGCAUCUCACCUAAGUCUGCUCUUUGUAUUUGUGGUCUUGGCAGCUUGCUUGACCCUGGGUCAGGGGCAGGAGUGUUCUAGGUAACACCAGAAGUAGGAAGCUAAAGGAUAGUCCCCCCGCCCCCGGCCCCCUUCUCCCUGAGUCGGCAAAUAAUUGUCACAUCGACCUGGUGCUAUGCUGUCAUGGCACUGGGGAGAUCAGUUCCCCGGAGCAGGUGGUAGACAUUAGUAGGGGCGUUGCCUGCUCUGUUUUGGGGUGAAUAACAGUCUUCAUUCCUGCUGUGGCUGAGUGUUCACCAGGGCCUCCCACUUACUUGCUUUAUCUGCCUGUGGCCCCGUACAGAGGAGCCCAGUGUGUCUGUUAGCAGGGAAGUCUACAAAGGAUGCUUUUCAGUCCUGCCCAAGUUCAUGAGCCAAGAAAAAGAAUUAGUUCUGCUCUAAUAUAAGCAGAUUGUCUAUUCAUUCUGCAUUUUAUUCUCUCAGGUGGCAACUCUACCAGCCCCUUUCAUAGUGUGUAACAUUCUGUCACUCUAACUGCUGACUCUGUCGUUGGCCGCAUUUGUUAAUUCACAGGUGGGGGGGUCACCUGUCUGACUCACCAUGGAGCCCCGCACCGGCCCCGCUUACCGAAAGCAUCACCUCUGAUCCAGCAGCUUGAAUCUUUGAUAACCUCCCUCUCCCAGCACUGCAGGCCUCACUCGCUUGUUUCUCCGUGCAGCCCUUUGGGUUUCGGGGAAGGAACGAGAAAGCUGCCGUCACAGACCACAGGCUUCGCCUUUCAGGCACUGGUCGGUUUCUGAGAUUAUAAGGACCUUUGAGUUGUAUCAUAUCUAAUAGAAGAGAUGGUGAGUUGGAGACUCACCUUCUCAUUUGGUUCUGAAUGGCAGACGAACUUUUAAGGGGACAGAGCUUUUAUACCAUGUAUAGGUCAACCCCCCACUUUUGGUUUAUUUUUAUAAAUUCUUCCUUUGAUUCUUCUGUCAUCCUCUGGGGAUAGAUUUUUUUAUUUGUUUAUUUCUUCUGUUUUGUGUGAAGCAUCAUUUGCUGACUUAACUUGAUGGCGAGGGAGGGAGGGGUUUGAGGGCAAAAGAGACUGAAAGUCUUUAGUGUAAGAGCCACCAGCUAUGAUGCUCAAGUCCAUUAUGUCAUCUUACUAUUAAGUUUGGUAGCCCACAGUUCUUGCACAGAAAGGAACCAAAGGUGGAGUGUGCUGUCGGCAGGUGGCUUCAGGAAUUUGGCCUUGACCGAUAACAUUGAAUGCAUGAUGACCCUUUGAUUGGACGGUUCUAUGCCCUGAGGCUCCACCCCUAACUUUCUGGUACUAUGCUCCUUCCUUGUGUACAUUUCUCUUAAGGGUGAUAUUAUAUGUUUGUAUGAGAAGGCCCAUAACCAAUAAAAUGACUGCAUAUUCCUAACUAGGCAUAGUAAGGAAAAUGCACACUUUGUUUUUACUUUUCAAAGUUUCAUUCUAAAAGUAGUUAAGAUGAAAUUUAUAUGAAAGCAUUUUUAUCACAAAAUAAAAGCAGUUACAUGUCAAACUCAA